CAAUAAUAAUAUGGCUUAAAUUUAUUCCAAAAAAGAAAAGAAAAAAGAAAAGAUUGAGAAACAGACAACAGGUGGUGGGUGUGGCACAAACCCCUGCUUAAAUGAUCAAACAAGUUUAAUGAGAUGGGACUUGUUAUUUCCAUCAAAAUUUAAACUGAAACCCCAACAUAAUCUUUUUUACUUCAAUCUGUCCAAACCCCGUAACAUUUUAACUUUAAUUUAACUCUGACAAAACAUUAAUUUGUUAAUUAAUUAAUUUUUUCAUGACUAGAGAAACACCCCAAAAAUUAAUGUUUUUUCGCGAAUAGCAUUGCCAUUGAAAAGUUCCGAUCUUUUAGGAGUUAUUGUGUGUUUCUGGAAAUUCAAUUAUUCAACAAGAAGAAGAAGCAGAGUUUGAUCCGUUGUUAAUCAGGUGAAUAUGGGAGGUGCGCUGGGUGUAGUUGCAGAAUCACCUAAAUCGAGUCAUUUUCCAGAAACCAAAUUAGAAGCUAAAAUGGUUGAAGCUAUGCAAAAGAGAGCUUCUAAAGGAACUGCCAUGAAAUCCUUCAACACCAUCAUUCUCAAGUUUCCUAAAAUCGAUCAAAGCUUUAGAAAAUGCAAGGCUAUCUUUCAACAAUUUGAUGUGGAUAAUAACGAUGUGAUCGAUCACAGUGAGCUAAAAGCUUGCUUCCGGAAAUUAGAAGUUAGUUUCAGCGAGGAAGAGAUUGAUGAUUUCUUCAAGGCAUGUGAUAUAAAUGAGGAUAUGGGCAUCAAAUUCAAUGAAUUUAUCGUCCUUCUCUGUCUUGUCUACCUUCUUCAGGAGGAUCCUUCUAAGACUCAACUUAAAUCUCGUAUGGGCUUGCCCAAUCUGGAGGCCACAUUUGAGACCCUUGUUGAUACUUUUGCUUUUUUGGACAAAAAUAAGGAUGGCUAUGUCAGCAAGACUGAGAUGACUCAAGCUAUUAAUGAAACUACCUCCGGAGAACGUUCUUCAGGACGAAUCGCCAUGAAAAGAUUUGAAGAGAUGGACUGGGAUAGAAAUGGAAUGGUUAACUUCAAGGAAUUUCUAUUUGCUUUCACCCGUUGGGUUGGUAUUGAUGAAGCUGAAGAUGAGGAUGAAGUAGACGAGGAUGAAGCAGAAGCUUAAUUAAUGCUUUCUUAGAUCUUCCUUAGAAUUUUCCAUCAUAUGUACUACCUUCAACAGCAAUUAGUUAAGCUGGUUAGGUGGAUGGUAUUUGCACCCAGACUCUUGUUUUGACAGAAUGUUGGAAGUGUUUUUAAUUUUUAUUUUUAAACAGCACACGAUUGUUGCUCACAUUGUACAUAGCCCACUUGUUUGUAACGGUAUGGGUUAAAUAAGUGUAGAGCAUGUACUAUCUGAAUAUAUUUGGUUUUGAAUUUCAUGUUCUGUAACUUCUGCGAGCAGAAA